GUUUCAUCAGCUGUCCGGGUGGCUGGUCUCCGGCGAUCCCGCAGGUGAAGAAGCCGGAUGUGGAGUUCCUGGGCUGGCAUGGUUACACGUGGUUGUGAGCCGGUUGGAUGUGCUGCCAAAUUAUUUUAAAUGAGGGUGACAUACUGUAGAGAGGUCUGUAGCGAUGGAGGAUUUCUGGGUGGUGGUCCUGGCAGGGCUGAAGGUGUGGGUCUACCUCAUUGUGGCUCUUCUCAUGGUGCCUGCCAUGUUUGGCUUCUCCCUGGGCAUCUCUGAGACAUACAUGAAGAUCCUGGUCAAAACCCUUGAGUGGGCCACGUUGAGGAUCCAGACAGUCAACAAAGAGCAGCAUAUAAUCGAAUCCUCCUCAUCCAACGGCCUCAUCCAGAGGGAUGAUGGUUCUAUGGAGGAGGCGCUUGGGGAGUUGAGGCGCAGUCGCCCUAAAACACCAGUGGGAGGGGACUUCACACUCAGCGACUGUUUCUACUUCUACAGACGAGGCAUCGAAGACAUCGUAGAGGAUGAGGUGACCCAGCGGUUUUCGUCAGAGGAGCUGGUGUCGUGGAACCUGCUAACUCGGACCAACAUCGACUUCCAGUACAUCAGCCUCAAACUGACUAUGGUCUGGGGGCUUGGUGUGUUCAUACGCUACUGCAUCCUGGCUCCACUCAGGAUCACGCUGGCAUCUAUAGGCCUGACCUGGCUGGUGAUAGGAACCACUGCUGUAGGAUUCCUCCCGAACUGGAGGCUGAAGUCCUGGCUGAGCGAUUGGGUCCAUGUGAUGUGCUACAGGAUCUGUGCCCGAGGCCUCUCCUGCACCAUCCACUACUAUAACAAAGAAAACAGACCCAGAAAAGGAGGAAUCUGUGUGGCCAAUCACACCUCCCCGAUUGAUAUCGUAAUUCUCUGCAACGAUGGGUGUUACGCCAUGGUGGGCCAGUCACAUGGUGGUCUGAUGGGAGUGCUGCAGAGGGCCAUGGCCAGGUCCUGUCCUCACAUCUGGUUUGAGAGAGCGGAUAUGAAAGAUCGCCACCUGGUGGCCAAGAGGUUGACGGAUCACGUGAAUGACAACACAAAGCUUCCUAUAUUGAUCUUUCCAGAAGGGACCUGUAUCAACAACACGUCUGUCAUGAUGUUCAAAAAGGGAAGUUUUGAGAUUGGAGGAACAAUAUACCCAGUAGCCAUAAAGUAUGACCCUCAGUUUGGGGAUGCGUUCUGGAACAGUGCCAAGUACAACAUGGUGAGCUACCUGCUGAGGAUGAUGACCAGCUGGGCUAUAGUCUGCAACGUCUGGUACCUGCCAGCCAUGACCCAACAGGUGUGUAUACAACACACAGACACACACAACCUGCCAGCCAUGGACCAAGUGCCACUGAUCUAUCUCUUCUUUUCACAGGCAGGGGAGGAUGCUGUCCAGUUUGCCAACAGAGUCAAGUCUGCCAUCGCACAUCAGGGGGGACUAGUGGACUUGUCCUGGGAUGGGGGCCUGAAGAGGGCCAAGGUGAAGGAUAUGUUUAAAGAGGAGCAGCAGAAGAUGUACAGCAGCAUGGUGGUUGGGAGUGAGGAGGACAACAGCAGUCACAGUGACUGACACCCUCCACUACCACAUCCCUGCCUGAUGACUGACUAAUACCGAUGACCAUGGACUAGACUGCCAUCGUGUGGAUGGACCAUUCAGGGAUGUAACAUUGACAGUGUCUUGUAGACUGUAUGAUAACUGAUAAGCCAAUUCGCAUUACAUUGGAAAGACUGUGUCAACACUAGUGCAAUGGAACUGUAAAGGAGAUGGGGUGGCAGGUCCGAUUGGAAUAGCUCUUUAUUGUGCUGCUGUAAAAAAUGGUUCUGCUAGGAAAUGACUAUGAAAUCCUGUUUGGCAUUGGAAUGAAUUAAUAACCUUGUGACCGUAUAACUUUUUGUUGUUGUUUAAUCCCAGAGUUCUGAAUGUUAGAGUUUUGUUAUGCAUAUACCAUGACUGUUUAUUUUUUGUCUGAAUGUUUUUUCCCCCCCUGUAUGUUGAGCCCAGUAGAUCAAUCAAUGCUGUUAAUUGUUUGAAAAUAAACAUUAGUCUUCAGCUGUUC